AUGUUUCAAAGCAUCAUUAAAAAUGUGUGGACCCCCAUGAAGCCGUACUACACCCAAGUGUACCAGGAGAUCUGGGUAGGAAUGGGCUUGAUGGGCUUCAUCGUGUACAAGAUCAGGAGCGCUGAUAAAAGAAGUAAAGCUUUGAAAGCUUCGAGCCCUGCCCCUGCCCACGGUCACCACUAA